ACCAAAAUUCAAGGUUUCUUUUCUUUCUUCUCUACCAGAUGGACCCAGUUGCUUCUUCUGAUCUUCCUCCUCCUUCUCCUCAACCUUGCCCUUCUGAUUCCUCUAGCAUCUCUGCUGCUUCAGAAGGGGUAAACAGUGAUGUCAAGAACAAAUUUAUUGCCAUGAAGAUGAAGGAGAAGUUAAGCGAAUCUAAUUCUCCUGAUUUGCUUAAUUUAACUCUUUCGAGCGAGGAUUCGAUUCAUGAGUCCAAGUUAGAACUCAAUCUUUUUAGUUCCAGUACAAAAGAUCAGUUCACAGAUGAUGAUUCCAAGAUUAAGGGAUCUGAACAACCUAGGGUUUUUUCAUGCACCUUCUGCAAAAGAGAGUUCUCUACGUCACAAGCUCUCGGUGGUCACCAAAAUGCACAUAAACAAGAACGUGCACUGGCCAAAAGGCGUCAAGGAAUGGAUUUUGGUACUGCUUUUGGUCACUACCCUUAUUAUCCUUAUUCAACCCUAUCAACUCACCAUCAUUCUUUGUUUGGAUCUUUCAGUAGAUCAUCUCUUGGUGUUAGAAUGGAGUCCUCGAUUCAUAAACCUCCAUCGUCUUAUUCUUGGAUGUCCACCGUCGGUGGUGGCAGCCCCGUCAACACAAUCCCUUACCGGUUUAGUCACGGUGGUGGAUGGCCCAUGCCAAAUCCCAUUACUUCACAACCUUCUAUUGAUAAGCUAAAGAUUGGGAAUCUGAAUGCUAUUAAUAACAAUGGAGGAUUUGGAAUUUCAAACCCGUCUUCUUCGAAUAAGAAAAUUGAUUUAUUUCGUAAUAUUGGUAUUUCUCCAUCAAAUGUCGGGAUAAUUAGACCUACUGGUGAUCAUCAUCUCCAACGACCUGACCAUUCGAUCAGUUAUGAUCAAGUUGAUGCAUCCGGAAUUGAUUUAUCGCUUAAACUAUAAUUAGUGUUAAUCAGAGAUUGAUGUAGUAGCUUUUCUUUUUUUUUUUUUUCGGUAUUGCACACAUGUUUAAUUAAUUAUGGCAUUGAAUA